UUGAGAAAUAUUAAGAAAACACUCUUAACAAAUUAGAUUCUUCCUAGAUGCUAUGGUAUUUUAUAUUUUUGUAACAAUUUUAUAGUAUUAGUGUGAGAAUUAACGUUAAAUUGUGAAAUGAUAUAAUAUUCAUAUAGAGUUGCACUUAGAAAUAUUCCUUCCCAUUUCUCAUGUUUUUUAUGACGUCUUGUCUUGUGACGAUAGCUUCAGGUUCAAACCCAACCCUUUCAUUAAUGACAUUGUUACAAUGAUCGUCUAAAUUCCGAGAUAUGUGUAGAUAAAAACAAAAAUGCUUUCUCAAUGCAUUUAAUAAUUUGAUUUUCUCAUCAGCCACAUAAAUCUCUCAACUUUUUUUUAUCGACGUGGACCAAAAAUAUAACAACAAAAAAAUGUAAAAGGAAAAAAUGGAAACCAAAAUUGCGCCAACACGUCACAUAUACACUUUUCAGUUUUAAUCAACAAAAUAUCUUUUCGUAUAUCAGCUAGAAAUAUCUCUCCUCUCUCACCCUCCUCCUCCAACCGCCAUGUCCGCCGCCAACUCCGACCACCACCUCGACACCCCAAUCCUCGAUUCCGAGUCAACCCACCUAAUCCAAUCCAUCUCCGAGCAAGGCGGGUACGCCUACAUCAGAAUGGCGUCUCGAGCCGCCGCUGGCGACCUCCGCGCGGCGGAGGCGGCUCGCGAGAUGGCUUGGGAGCAGCUCCACUCGGGUCCCUGGCACUCCGUUCUCCCCGUUUGGCGCGACGCCUACUCCAUGGCCUGCCUCCACGUGUCCAAGCUCCAUGCCGCCGCCGGUGAGUUCAGCGACGCUCUCCGGGCACUCGACAUGGGCCUGAUCAUGGGCGGCCCGCUCUUGAAACCCGACUUGCACUCCCUCGUCACCGUCGUCUCCGCCAAAGCCAGGGCCGCUAGGGUUUCUCAGCAGCAGCAGAAAUGUCCCAAUGCGGACCGCCGAUUGGUCCGUGACGAAGUCGUCUCUAAGGAGUUGCUUGGAGUUUUGCCCAGAAAGUCACUUUCUUGUAAAAUGGUUGUGAAGAGAUCAGGCCUGUCUUUGGAGGGGUUUUUGAGUGAAUACUUGUUACCAGGUCGCCCGGUUAUAAUAACCGAUGGUAUGGAUCAUUGGCCUGCCAGGAGUAAGUGGAAUGACUUGGAUUAUCUAACAAAGGUUGCCGGUGAUCGCACCGUGCCAGUUGAGGUCGGGAAAAAUUAUUUGUACCCGGAGUGGAAGCAAGAGCUUAUUACAUUUUCCCAGUUUCUUGAGAGGAUUCAGGCUAGUGGCUCUACUUCUGCUGCCCCAACAUAUCUUGCUCAGCAUCCAUUGUUUGAUCAGAUAAAUGAGCUACAUGAGGACAUAUGUAUUCCUGACUAUUGUUUUGCCGGUGGUGGCGAACUAAGGUCUCUAAAUGCUUGGUUUGGUCCAGCUGGGACAGUAACUCCGUUACACCACGAUCCACACCAUAAUGUUCUUGCUCAGGUAGUUGGCAAAAAAUAUAUAAGGCUCUACCUUGCAUCAUUGUCCGAGGAACUCUACCCAUACACUGAGACCAUGCUAUGCAACUCAAGCCAGGUUGAUCUGGACAAUAUAGAUGAGAAUGAGUUCCCAAAGAUGCGUGACUUGGAAUUCGUUGACUGCAUUUUAGAGGAAGGUGAUAUGCUUUAUAUCCCACCAAAGUGGUGGCACUAUGUGCGGUCUCUAACGCCAAGUCUCUCUGUUAGCUUCUGGUGGAGCGAGCAUGAAAGUUCAUAGCUUUUUGGGUGGAGUGAGUAUGAAGUUCGUAGCUUUUGGUGGACGAAGUAUGAAAGCUCAGCUGUAUCUUGCUUAUUGUUUGUUAUUAUUGGUAUAAACAGGGGAGUUUGCAACAAGAUUACAUUCUCAUUUAUAACCAAUUCUGCUGAGUUUUACAGCAUAUCAUCAGACUCACAGAGGUCCCAAUUAGAAGUAACUGUUGCAACAUUUUUGAGGAUAACAUUUCAACAUC